AUGUGGGUAUUAGCUCUAUUAUCCUGUAUCAGCGUUGCGUUGGCGGUGCCCAUAGAGUACGGUGUGUCGUACUCGCACGCGCCGAUUUAUCACGCUCCAAUCGUGCACGCCGAGCCUAUUGCUUAUCCAAAGUACGCUUUCAACUAUGGAGUUAAGGACACCCACACUGGUGACAUCAAAUCUCAACAGGAAGUGAGAGACGGCGAUGUUGUUAAAGGUUCAUACUCCUUGGUAGAGCCCGACGGUACAACACGAACAGUAAACUACUCCGCGGAUGAUCACAACGGCUUCAAUGCUAUCGUACAAAGAUCUGGCCACGCUGUUCACCCGGUAGCACCCGUAGCUCACUAUGCACCAGCACCAAUUUUGUUGUCGUCCUACGGUCAUCACUAAUACGUUAUACAUUAUCCUACAACGGUACUUCUUAGUCUUCUCACACUCGCAAGAAUUGUAACUCUUAAUUUUACGUAGUUAUACCUAGAAAUAAAAGAUAAACUAUAUGUUUGGCUGCUGUAACAAAAUGGAUAACAUUUACAACGCAAAUUUUGGUAAAGUUAUAGCGAAAGAUAGCUGUUAUUAUGUAAUAAUGUUUUGAUGGGUUUGAAAAAGGUUUUGUUUCUGAGUUUUAAAUGUUAUCCAUAAUGAUACAUAGAAUUUAUUUUUAUAAGGCUUCCGUGCGACAUCCAAAAGUAUUUUGAUUUACUUUUCCUAUGUUAAGAUUUGCUUAUGUUAAUUAAUUUGAUAUAAGUCUUCCUAUUCGUAGCAUCUGAAGUACAAUAUCUAUAAAUUAAUGUAAUUUUAAAUUGUUGUGUAAAUGUUUAAUAAAAGUUUUAUUAUACAGUA